AAUAGCUCUUUAGCCUCUCUUCUUCUUCUUCUUCAUCUAGUUCUGUAAACUGAGCUCCCACUCAGCUCCCAUAUUGAUUCACAAAACGUCUCAUUUCUGAUUUUAGAAGGAGAAGAAGAAGAAGUUGGUUUCAGCCAUGGAAGAGAGGCAUGUUCUGUUUGACAAGUAUGAGAUGGGAAGGCUAUUGGGGAUGGGGACUUUUGCCAAGGUGUACUAUGGCAAAAACCUCGCAACUGGAGAAAGCGUAGCUAUCAAAGUUAUCAAUAAAGAUCAAGUGAAGAAGGAAGGGAUGAUGGAGCAGAUCAAAAGAGAAAUCUCUGUUAUGAGAUUAGUUCGACACCCAAAUAUUGUUGAGCUCAAAGAAGUGUUAGCUACAAAAUCCAAGAUCUUCUUCGUUAUGGAAUACGUCCGCGGCGGCGAGCUCUUCGCUAAGGUAGCUAAGGGGAAGCUCAAAGAGGAUGUUGCUCGUAAGUAUUUUCAACAGCUCACCAGCGCAGUCGACUUUUGCCAUAGCAGAGGCGUUUGUCAUCGAGACUUGAAGCCGGAGAAUCUGUUAUUAGAUGAAAAUGGAGAUCUCAAAAUCUCUGAUUUUGGGCUAUCAGCCUUGCCGGAACACUUACGCAUCGACGGGCUUCUUCAUACGCAGUGUGGUACUCCGGCGUAUGUAGCGCCGGAGGUUUUGAGAAAGAAAGGAUACGAUGGAUCAAGAGCCGAUAUUUGGUCUUGUGGGGUAAUCCUUUACGUUCUUCUUGCUGGGUUUUUGCCAUUUCGGGAUGAGAAUGUCAUGAAAAUGUACAGACAAAUAUUCAAAGCAGAAUUUGAGUGUCCGCCAUGGAUUUCCACUGAAGCUAAACGCUUGAUUUCCAGACUUCUGGUUUCUGACCCAGAAAGAAGAAUCACAAUACCAGCAAUAACGCGAGUUCCCUGGUUUCGCAAGGGAUUCACAAGACCACUAGCGUUUUCUUUCCAAGCAAUCUCAAACCCAGAAAAAACAGAGGAGGAAGAAGACGAAGCUUUAUCUGCAGUCAUGGCUAAAGUUUCCUCGCCAAAAUUCUUCAACGCUUUUGAGUUUAUUUCUUCGAUGUCUUCUGGGUUUGAUUUGUCGAAUCUUUUUGAGAACAAGAAGAAAACAGGGUCUAUGUUCACUUCCAAAUUCUCGGCGAGUGCAAUCAUGAACAAGAUUGAAGCCGUUGCAAAAGGUUUGAAUUUUAAGGUAUCAAAGGUAAAAGACUUCAAAAUGAGAUUGCAAUGCCCGUUGGAAGGAAGGAAAGGGCGACUUUCGAUCACUGCGGAGGUGUUCGAGGUAGCUUUGGAUGUCGCCGUCGUGGAGUUCUCGAAAUCUGCCGGCGAUACUCUGGAGUACGCCAAGUUUUGUGAUGAGGAUGUCAGGCCUGCGUUGAAAGACAUUGUCUGGACAUGGCAAGGUGACACCGUUUGCAGCCGAAACGACAGCGGAGAAAAUGAAAAUCAAACCUCAUUAUAGAAAGGCUAAUCCUAAUCCUAAUCCUAAUUAUAAUUAAAAAUAGUUUUUUUUCUUAAAUAAACUUUUUGUUGUC